AUGACUACUCUUGUACGAACGCGGAUCCCAUUAGAGUCGCUGAGCAUGAGCCAACCGAGUGGUAGACGGAGAAGUAAGCGCAUAGCUGAUGUAGCAUACGAUGAAGAAGAUGGAGAUUUUGUGUUUACACGAGGCUCGAAGCGGACAAAGACAGCACCAGCGCCCCCGGAACCUGUAGCAGCGCCAGAACCUCCUCCACUAACUUCGACGAAGAGGGGUAGAAAACCCAAGGACCGCGACGAUGAAGCAGAGCAACCAGAGAAAAAGACCCGAGGGCGGGCAAUGGAUUUCAAUACACCAAAAACGCCAAAUGAUUCCAUCGUAGUUCCGAAGAGGAGGAAAACGACGCGUUCUUCGGUCGAAAAGGCACAUCAUAAAACCGGCGCGACUUCUUCUGCUCUGGAGGCUACCGAUUAUGAUAGUGUGGACUUGGUGGGCUCUACCAUAGUGAAUGAAUCCGCGAAUGAAGUGACGGAUUCGAGCAAUCAGCCCACCAUAAUUACUUUGCCAUUCAGCGACACUCCUGUCAUUAACAGGAAUAAGGAAAUGAGAAAGCAAAACAAGGGUACAAGACGAAGUAGCCUGGGAUUACGCGGACGGAGGGCAAGCUCAUUGAUUGAAAAUGGACAUAGCGCCAUUCCCCAUCGUGAAGUGGAGGCUUCCGAAUUUUACAAGCAUAUCGAAGCGGAUGGUCUGAGUGAGCCAAGGAGGAUGAAGCAGCUGUUAAGUUGGACGGGUGAGCGGGAACUGGGCGAAAAGCCAUCACACGGAGAAGCGAACGAUCUGAGUGAACAAGCUGCGCGUACGAUUAAAGAAGGGCUGUUAAAGGACUUUUCGAAUAAAUCCGAAUACUCGGAUUGGUUCACGAGAGAAGAUACGGCACCUAGGAAGGUUAUCAAAAAACCCAACCCGCGGAAUAGCGAAUUAGAACUGCAAAUUGAGGAAUCAAAUGCCAGAAUAAAACUAUUAAAACAGGAACGCGAUCAGUGGAAAGCUCUCGCAAAAUCUCCGCCCUCAUUACCUCCAUUAGUUCCACCGAACAAGCAAGAGAUCCAGCCAUCCGAUAUUGAUUCGUCACUUUUAUCGCCGGAACAAGCAAACAUUCUCACAACAAUUUCCUCAUUUAGCGCCCUCGACUUACGAGAUCAAGUCGCAAAACAGGUCCAGGAUUUAUUAUCUGGGCUUGAAUUCAAGGUCGACCAAUUUGCCGACGGAGUGCACAAGCUUGAACAAUACAAAGAUACAGCAGGCCGAGCGGCAAGCAAAAUACUGUCGCUAUCUGCUGUACGAUUAGAAGAACGAAAUCGACUAGAAAAGGAGGCGGUAGGAACACGUGAUCUACCGAUGCAAGAAGUGCUUAGGAGCCUGAGCAGGAUAUUACCAGAUAGCGGUACGAGUCGGUAA